AUGGUGGAUAUUAUCGGUGAGGUUAUCAACAAAGAAUCAGGGCAUUUAAUUAAAACAGAUACAUUACGUAAAGUUAUUAAUAAUGUUAAAAUUCAGAUAGGACAGCCUUUAACUAAUCCGUCAUAUACCACCGUAAGUGACUUUUACAUUAACCAAUGGCUAGGUCGUCAUAUCUCGUUAAAACUUAACAUUGAAGAUAUGCCUGGGAUGUACAUUAUUCCAAAUACCUUCAAAAGCUACGAAUUGCCUCAAGAAACCACAGAUAUUAUUGCCAUUCUUGAAUCAGAAAAAGAGUUCGAUGAUUUAUGUGCUGAAUUUGACAAUUACAAUAUUCAUUGGUUUGUGGGCACAAACAAGAAUUCUAAUUCUAUAGUGUGGAAGAAAACAAGAGGAAAAUUAGAGAGACUGCUGAAAUAUAUUGACAGAGAUUUUGAGGAAAAUGGUUCAUCAAAUCAACCAAUUCAACCACAAACGUUAAAAGAUAUUGCAGAAAAAGUAGUUGUUAUCAAUGCCGAACCGGGUAUGGGUAAAUCUACAUUUUUAACACAUCUAGCAAUCCAAACUAAACUUAAGUACCCAAAUCUUUGGAUAUCAAAAAUUAAUUUAUCAGAUCACGUUGACCAGUUUAGCCAAUGGAAACAAAACAAAAAGGACGUUAACAUGGAAGAAGUUGUCAAGUUUCUAUACAAAAUUUUUCUGAAUAAGGUUGAUGAUGGAACUACUAAAAGAAAAUAUGAUUGGGAUCAGGUUUUUUGUGAUAAUAUUCUCGUGGAUGCUAGUAAUAAAAUAUGCUUCCAACCUUCUGAUAAUGAGAAAGAAUUAGUUGACCUUGAUUUACUAGAAAUAAACUUAUUUAAUCACUUCUAUAAUAAUAAUCAAGUUGCAUUGCUUUUUGAUGGUUUUGACGAAAUAUGCCCAGACUACGCAGAUGAAGUUUUACAUAUGCUACGCAUUCUUAAAUCGUCAAAUGUAGCUCAUUUGUGGGUUACUUCAAGAUCAUAUAACGUUCUUGAACAGUUGGAGAGUGUUCUGGGCACAUUUUCUUUUACGCUUUUACCUUUAGGAAGAGCAGAACAACUCUCAUUUUUGGAAAAAAUAUGGUCAGUUAAAUUGGCACUCUGGGAUGCACAACAUAAUGUGAAAAAUAGUGUGUCGUAUUUUUAUAACAUAAUAAAUAUAACUCUUAAUUUAUCGUCGUUUACGAAUUCGCCUCUCAAUCUUUAUAUGGUUUCCGAAAUCUUCAAAGAUUUCUUCAGAUACUUUUAUGAUCCAAUGGUUAAGAAAUUCUCAAAUUUUUAUAUGCAAAAAGUUAUGGAAACUUUCAAUUUAAUUUUUCUAUACGAAACUUUCGUUGAAAUGAAGUUUUUCAAAAUCCGUUUCGGAGAAAAGAAGCACUUUAUGUGCUUCAAGGACCCUGCCAUGAGGAGGAUGGUAGAAAACGAAAGGAAAACGUUUUUAGACAUUCACAAAAAGGUCGGCGCUUAUUACAUUUUAUCUAAAACUGUAGUAGCUGAUUUGUUUACGGAAGAAGAAAUAAAUGAAGUUCAUGAAUUUAUUGAAAGUGUAAAGACUGGUGAGGAGAAAUCAGGAAUAAUUCAACGGAUAGUGGGAGACAAACCUCAAUUCAUACAUAAAUCUUUCGCUGAAUAUUUUGCAACGGAAUAUAUUUUUGAAAAGUUUCAAUCUGAUUCGUGUCCAGUGGCUUUACAAAAGUACGUUAUUAACUUGAUUUUUAUAACAGACAAUGGAGGUGUUAGAAGGUUUAUCAACAAUAAGUUGAUAAAAGGCAAGAAGCUAUUUGACUUGUCUACAGGGACGUCUUAUAUCUGUUCAGUAUUUGGGUCGUUGGUGACACAGAACUUUUUGCCUACGAACUCAUUUUUUGUGGCUGGUGAAGAAUAUCUAAGGCACAUUGGAAUGUUUAUGUUAAUUUGUGGAAGUUCUUCUCGUGAUUACAGGAACAUGAGUAGAUAUUGUAAACUGUUUCAAGUUAAAUGUUCAGCUCAAUGCGAUCUUUGUACUAAGAAGUUGCAAUCAUUACACACAAAUUUAAGAGUGAGUACAAACACACUGUUUGUUGACAAGUCAUAUAGAAAAUAAUAUUAGCAUUUUUAAGUUGGGAUGAAUCUCUGUAACAUAGUAUAAACUAUAGAGCUAUUGAUUACGUAGACUUACUUAAAACUAGAAAUAAGACAGCAAAAUUAUUAAAAACUAUAAUUUUAUAUUCAUCUUUUAUUAAACAUAUUCAUUACAUAGGUUAUGUACAAACAUUAGUAUAAAAGAGGCAAGUAAUGACUAGACAAACAAUACUAAUAUGUCUCCAGUCUUUGACUGGUUUAUGAAAACUCUAAACAAUAGGAAAAUGUAUAUUAAAGAACGCAUUAAAUUCAACUAAAUUUAAUUAAUAUUGGCUCCUUCGCAUGCGACAUCUUAUUGUAAACCAAUCACAAGAACGACGUUCGAUUUUCGUAUUGACAAAUAAUAAUAAUAUAAUAGAGGUACAUAUCGUACGACAUCUGGGCAACGUUAUCGUUUGAUGAACAUGUUCGUUUUGCUCUCGUCCUACAGAGAGCUGAGUACAAAUUUAUAUUACGCUGUUCAACGAGAUCGAACCUUCGGCGUUCUGAUUAGUUAGUUCUUUGGAACAGGCCAAUAAGAGAACCGUAUCAUGGUCAUCUGGAGGUUUAAUACAUAAGAAGCGGGCGCUUCUUAUGAAUGACAGUGCGGUUUUAAAACCGACCAACAGCAAAUACCAAUGUAACUUUUUGCGAGUUAUAUGUACUUGGUUAUUUA